GCCAGCGCCCGCCCGGGGCUGAUGGACAAGCUCAGGAACCCCUGUGGACUGACUGUGCUAACAGUGCUAACCCUUCCUCCCCAGCUUGCACCCCAGAGGCCGGCCUUGUCCCAGAGAGAAGAAGAGAACAAUGACCAGGUUACAGGAGGCAGUGACAUUCAAGGACGUGGCCGUGGUCUUCAGUGAGGAGGAGCUGGGGCUGCUGAGCGCUGCCCAGAGGAAGCUGUACCGAGACGUGAUGCUGGAGACCUUCAGGAACCUUCUGUCUGUGGGAGGCCAAGGUCCAAACAAGAUGGAGACUCUUCACGAAGCAGGAUUAAGUUGCCUCUUACUGGGGCGGCUUCCAUGCUGGCAAAUGAUGAGCCAAGGUGUCAACGAACUGGCCAGAACUCCAGGUGCCGUGGUAAACACUCAAGGAAAGGGCCCCCACCUCCCGGAGCAGCGUCACUCCUUCUGCCACGGGGGAGCAGAAGAGCCGCCCUGGGCCUCCAUGGAUGACGACCGUCUUGAGAGUCUCACAGGAGACCAUUCCAGCAUAACCAAAAACCAGGAAUGUCUGUCUGGGAAAGCUCAGGGCUCUUGGAGUAAAACUCAUCUUAGGGAGAGACGGAGCCACCGGAGCCACCACCCUCAGCAGACUCCUGGGAAACCCAAGCCACAGCUGUCGGCUCCAGGCAUCGACAGUCCGACUUGCCUUUCCCAGCACCAUAGCCACCAAGGAGACAAAGCCCGCAGCAGUAGUGGCGUCCGCAGUAAAGUCAAUUCAGCAAUAUCGCCACACACCCUGCAAGGCGUUCACACAGAGUGGAAGGCCAACCAGGGCAGCCAGGGCGGAGAAGCCUUCAGUGGCAGCCCCAGGCCGGGACUCCAUCAGCAGGGCGAAUCAGGAAAGAGGUCCCCGGUGCACAGUGCACACGAGGACACGGAGCACAGCUCCGGGGUCCCCACCCAACAAAGCGGCCCUCCAGGGAGGCCAAAGCGCUACCGCUGUGACCACUGCGGCAAGGGCUUCAGCCGCAGCACCGACCUCAGCAUCCACGUCCGGGUGCACACCGGCGAGAGGCCCUACCGCUGCGAGCGCUGCGGGAGGGGCUUCACGCAGAGGUCGCACCUGCAGGCCCACGAGCGCCCCCACACCGGCGAGAAGCCGUACGCGUGCGGCGACUGCGGCAAGCGCUUCAGCUGCAGCUCGAACCUGCACACGCACCAGCGCGUGCACACCGGCGAGAAGCCCUACCGCUGCGCGGCGUGCGGCAAGGGCUUCAGCCGCAGCACCGACCUCAGCAUCCACGUCCGGGUGCACACCGGCGAGAGGCCCUACCGCUGCGAGCGCUGCGGGAGGGGCUUCACGCAGAGGUCGCACCUGCAGGCCCACGAGCGCCCCCACACCGGCGAGAAGCCGUACGCGUGCGGCGACUGCGGCAAGCGCUUCAGCUGCAGCUCGAACCUGCACACGCACCAGCGCGUGCACACCGGCGAGAAGCCCUACCGCUGCGCGGCGUGCGGCAAGGGCUUCAGCCGCAGCACCGACCUCAGCAUCCACGUCCGGGUGCACACCGGCGAGAGGCCCUACCGCUGCGAGCGCUGCGGCAAGGCCUUCAGCCGCAGCACCGACCUCAGCAUCCACGUCCGGGUGCACACCGGCGAGAAGCCCUACCGCUGCGAGGCGUGCGGCAAGCGCUUCAGCCAGGCCUCCCACCUGCAGGCCCACCAGCGCGUGCACACCGGCGAGAAGCCCUACCGCUGCGAGGCGUGCGGCAAGGCCUUCAGCCAGAGGUCCAACCUCCAGGUCCACCGGAUCAUCCACACCGGGGAGAAGCCGUUCAAGUGCGAGCAGUGCGGGAAGGAGUUCAGCUGGAGCGCGGGGCUCAGCGCGCACCAGCGGGUGCACACCGGGGAGAAGCCCUACACGUGCCAGCAGUGCGGCAAGCGCUUCAGCCAGGCCUCGCACUUCAACACGCACCAGCGGGUGCACACCGGGGAGAAGCCGUACGGCUGCGAGGCGUGCGGCAAGGCCUUCAGCCAGAGGUCGCACCUGGCCUACCACCAGCGGGUCCACACCGCGGGGAACCCAUAGGGGCCUUGUGCCACCAGCAGGUGUGGGGGGUGGGGAGGCCCUGGAAGGCAUCGGUCUCCCUGGAAGUCUGUGCUGA